AAAGGAAAAGAACAAGGCCCAAAAAGACGUGCAAGCAUUAACAUUUUUUGCCUUUUAUCUCUUUUAUUUUAUGUUGUAGUGAUGACACGUAGGAGAUACAGUAGCUUAAUUAUUGUGCUGCUAUUGUCAGCAGUGAUAAGAAUGUGUGUCUGCCGAAAUAUUCUUCCUUCUACGAAGCGAACGGACAAUGAGCAGUCGGAAAUCCAGCAUAUUUCCCUUUCAUCCCCAAUGGUCAGCGCAAAAAUUGCUCGUUUUUCCGAUCCCACGGAUGAUCUUAUGCACCAAACAAUAGUCUCAAAUGGAACGAGACACUUCUUGAGGAAAUUCAAAACAUUAGCAACAGCUGUAGUCAAGAAUAGAUCGGAACUAUCAAGAAUGCGGCGAGCACUGAAAGAAAGUCGGUUGGGCUUUUAUGGCCUUACCGGAUCCAAGCAUGGGAACGGGCUAUUGCUUUACAAUCAGUUCAUCAGCUUGGAAAAUUUAGGGGAAGGUACAAAGGAUUUUCAGGACAUCGUCGAUCAAAAGCUCUUCGCGUGGCCCAUGAGAGAUGACAAGGUCACAAUACCGUACUUUUUCUCGGAAGCCAAGCCACCAUUCGACAGUGCCGAGAAAUGGAUGGCGAUGGCCUUCGAGGAGGUAAACAGCAAGACGUGCGUGGUGAUCGAGCAGGCGCGCGGUGUGGUCGGCGGCGACUGCAAGACGCCCGUACCGCAGGUGACCAACGCCAUCUGCAUCGAGUCCGGGGACGGCUGCUACUCGCUGCUGGGGACGGGCUCCAACCCGCAGCGGAUCGUUAUCAACGAGACGUGCCUCAGCCCGUCCAUGUCUCUGCGCCUCAUCACGCUGGCCGUCGGUCUCGGCUACCAGCUGAUGCACUCCAACUUCAUGCUGGCCGAUAAGGGUGUCCGCGCCGAGCACGGCUACUGCUUCACAUCUGAGUCAGAGCUCAGCGACCGGUUCGACGUGAAGAGCGCCAGCGCCGUGGGCUUUACGAUCGAGGCCGGCUCGUCCGACUACGAGGCGAUCCACGUCACGCCGCGGCCCGAGGACCAGGCGCUGCUCCACAACAGGAAGAACACAUUCUUCGGGCUGCGCCGCGUCGACGUAGCGCAAAUCAACGAUUUUAAUAAGUGUGAGGAGAAGGUCUAUGGGCAGAAAUGUCGUAGCCAGUUGCGAGUCUGCCAGAAACGUACCGCCAAGUAUCCGAAUGUGAUGGGUCUGACCAAGGACUGCAAGUGCCGCUGCCGUGACGGCUGGGAGGGCGUCACGUGCAGCGCCGCCUCCAAGAAGGAGGAGGUGCCCAAGGGGUUCUACGGGUGCCACAAGAAGAUCCUGCUGCGGCGCGGCCACGCCGGCGGCGUCACCUACUUCCGGUUGAAGGACAUCGAGCUGGAUAUCGUCUCCGAGCCGCCCUACCUGUGCACCAUCACCAUCCAGUCCAAGUGGCGGGACCUGGGCUUCUACUGCCGCGGCUACGCGCCCGUUAUCCGAGUGGACGCCAGCGCGCUCUACAAACAGCUGCGCUCGCAGGGCGUGCUGCCGUUCUCGAUGCGUGACGCGUGCGAGCGGUUUCGUUUGUACUUCCAGUCGGGUGUGCACAAGUACCGGCGGCGCGUGCUCUGCUCGGACGCCGUUCUCCAGAGCGGCGGCUACAUGAUGCUGCGCGCGCGCGGACCCAACACCACGCUCUUCUUCGUGAUGAAGCCGGAGAACGAGACGGAGGCGGAGGCGCUGCUGCAGAUCCAGGUGGGCAUCCAGAAGCGGCUAUACGUGCCGUGCGACACGCUGCUCUACUACCGUAACCCGCUGUCGUUCAACGUGCACCGCUCAGAGUUCCAGUUCCACGCCAAGUACCUGAUCGAGUUCCUCAUCGGCAUCGUCGUGUUCAUGGUGAUCAGCUAUGUGGCCUACGACUACUGGAUGACGCGCCGGCGCGUGGAGCAGAUGCGCCGCAGACGACAGGCCAAGCUGGCCGCCGAGAAAACCGAGGAGUCUUGCUCCGACUCGUCUGAGCUGGAGAUGAGCUGCGGCUCGUCCAAGUCGACGCACAAAUCUCAGGAGUCGAUGGCCGGGAGCCGGAAGUCGCCGGGGGCAUCCGCACACGUCUCCAAGACGACGAUAUCGCUGAGCUCGGACAACCAGAGCGGUGCGCCGAGCACCAGGGAGGCGUCGCCCGAGCCGGACGACUCUCCCUCGAGCUCCAAGCCAAGCAGCUCCAUGUGGAGCAGCUCAAAGUCAAGCUCCAAGCCGAGCGCCUCUAAGGCGAGCUCUGGCGGCCCGAGCGCCUCUAAGGCGAGCUCUGGCGGCCCAAGCGCCUCUAAGGCGAGCUCUGGCGGCCCGAGCAGCUCCAAAUCAAGCUCCGGCCCGAGCAUCAAGGCGCAGCGGCGGCCGACGCUCAAAGAGAUCGCCGACCAGCAGCCCAAGGCAAAGAAGAAGAAGGAGGAGAAAAGCGCCCUGCCGCCGAUCCUGGCGCAGAAGGCCAAGGUGCGGCAGACGUCGGACCUGGACGGCGGCUCGCGCUCGUCACCCGACGUCGAGGAGCCAGCGGCCUUCCUCAGCCAGCUCUCGACCAAGGCGUCCACGCCGCCUCCGUCAGCAACACCGCCCCAGCAGCAGAAGAGGCAGAUGAAGCGACUCUCCACCCGGAAAGGCAAGAAGGCGGGGAAGAAGAAAAAGGGCCGCGGCGGAGGAGGUGGAGGUGGGUCGUCAUCGUCUUCCUCGUCGUCUGACGAGACGUUCAAGCAGGCGCUGAAGCGGUACAUCAGCGAGAAGAUGCAUCCCUCGGAGAGUGAGGACGAUGAGUCGGCGCCGGCGUGAGUCAUCAUCUCCAGUGAAACAUGAAUCAGUAUGUGAUUAAUUCGUGCACCAAUGAAGAUGCUGCCAGGCUCCACUUGUGUUGUGAGUGUGAGCGCAGCGAAUGUUUGACUACCAUAGACAUACGGAGUCGGUUGUGGUAAGUGUGACGGCCUCCAGCCCUUGCACCGCCCGGGUUUCCGGCUCCGGGUCGCGAAACCCGGAGCCGGGACGGACCCCGGUCGACCCGACCUGAGCCGAGGUCAAAUGCGAUGUACCGCGACGGGUCGGUCAUCGUUCAUCCGUCAUCUGCUCUUGGAUGACUUCUUACGUAACGCUGGUAAAAGCGGCUCAGUUGAUAUGAAUAAUGUGUAUUUGACAUUCAUGCGCGUUUGAUACUGCACCCCUGGAAUAGCAUGCAUAUUUCUGACAAAUUGA